AUGAGGCCGUUCACGAAGUACACCCUCGCUCUCACACUUGGAGCUCUGCCCGUUUGGUCGAGCAUCUCUGGGCCUCUCGAUGACCAGCAAAUCCUCUCCCAGAGCUCUGUUGAGCGUCCAAAAAAACAUCCUCACCACCACCACCACAUGUCGCUGAAGGACAAAGAGCAUGUAAUUCUCAAGUCUUUGAGCAAUGUUUCAAUGUCCGAAUGGUCCUAUUAUUACACCAGCGGGCCGCACCUCGGCGGUGCAAACUACUCACAGGCCGUGUGGACCCGUGAUAGAUUCACGGAGAACGGGAUACCUUCUCAUAUUGUCGAAUAUGAUGUUUACCUCAACUAUCCGCUUUCUCAUAAUCUCUCACUUUCUUAUCCAAACGGUUCCGUUUUCAAUGCCACUUUGAAGGAAGAUGUUUUGAAGGAGGACGAAACUAGUGGCCUUGAGAAUCGUAUACCAACUUUCCAUGGGUAUUCGUUCACAGGAAAUGCAACCGCGGAAUACGUUUACGUUGGACGAGGCCGCCUGACCGAUUUCCAAAGGCUCGCAGAUCUUGGUGUCCCUCUUGCAGGAAAGAUCGCACUACUCAAAUAUGGUGUCUCCUUCCGUGGCCUAAAGGUUAAGAAUGCGCAGGAUUUUGGGAUGAUUGGUGCCAUCAUUUAUAGUGAUCCCGGCGACGAUGGUAAGAUGCGUGUAGAAGAAGGCUAUGCCCCUUACCCCAAAGGCCCAGCUCGGAAUCCGUCGUCGGUGCAGAGAGGAUCGGUUCAGUUUUUGAGCAAGUAUCCUGGCGACCCCACGACGCCCGGGUAUCCAUCGAAACCUGGUGUUCCACGUGAGGAUAAAUCUGGAGUAACACCGCAUAUUCCGUCCCUACCGAUCUCAUUCAGGGAGGCCAAGCCGUUGCUUGAAGCGCUGAAUGGAAAGGGUGUUUCAGCGAAGGAUGUUAACAUCACGGGCUGGGAAGGCGGCUUGGCGAACGUAUCGUACUCAACUGGACCGGCUCCUAAUGCGGUCCUGUAUAUGGAUAACGUCAUGAAUGAUACGAUUACACCGAUCUGGAAUAUUAUUGGAAUCAUCAACGGAACUAUUGAGGAUGAGGUAAUUGUUAUCGGGAAUCAUCGAGAUUCUUGGACUGCUGGAGGCGCGGGUGAUCCCAAUUCUGGAUCCGCUAUCUUGAUUGAGCUUGCGAGAGCCUUUGGAAAACUGGUUAAGCACGGUUGGAAGCCUAAAAGGACAAUUGUUUUUGCGUCCUGGGAUGCCGAAGAAUACGGUCUCGUUGGCUCUACUGAAUGGUUCGAGGAGUUCUCUACAUGGGCAGUCCCCAACAUGGUUGCCUACCUAAAUGUUGAUAUUGGCGUCUCGGGACCCAAUUGGGCAAUUGCUGCAGUCCCUGAGCUUCAUGACAUCAUCCUUGAAGUUAUGAAAAAAGUACCCUCCCCAAAGAACAAACACAAGACAAUUUAUCAUGACUGGGCCGCCAGAAAUCAGCAUAUCGAUGUUCUAGGAAGUGGAAGCGACUACACCGCCUUUGUUCACUCUGGUAUCGCAUCUAUUGAUAUGGGUUUCACCUUCUCCAAUGAAGACCCUGUCUACCACUACCACUCCAACUAUGAUUCCUUCCACUGGAUGAGUACCUACGGUGACCCUACGUUCAGCCACCACGUCGCCGCUGGUCAGUUCCUUGGGCUCCUUGCCCUCAACCUUGUGGAGCAGCCGCUGUUACCGCUAAAUGCAGCAACAUACGCCGAGUCUUUAUGGGAGUAUUACAAGACCCUGAAGGACAAUGUUGAAAAAUCUGACAUUGAUCUGGACCUGGGCCCGCUUCAUCACUCGCUGCUGGGCUUUGCAAGGGUUGCAAAGAAGCUCACGAGACUAUCACACCAUAUCAAGGGCCGUCACGCCCACUGGAAAAGGAGAGCGAUUAAUAAUCGCCUUAAGUCAUUCGAGAAAGGUUUCGUGAGUCAAGGUGGACUGCCCGGGAGGGAAUUUUAUAGACAUUUGAUCUACGCCCCCGGUCUUGACACCGGCUACGCAGCGGUUACAUUCCCUGGUAUCUCUGAGGCUAUCUGGUUGGGUGAUAAAGCCACCGCAAAGGAGUUUGUGUACAAGACUUCGAGGGCUGUGUGGCAUGCAACGGCGAUCUUGGCGCUCGGGAGAUGUGAGGAAUAUGAAGGCGAGCAGUUGAGUGAGAUCGUUUUUAGUGAGGAAGAGAUGAAGUUUGAUAUUGAUUAUGAGGACGAUGAAAACGAUGAAGAGGCACCCGAGCAUCAUGAGCAUGAGCUUUAG